AUGGACAGAGAACCAGCUCGUGCCAAUGACGACAAGGGCAGCUGGGGGUGGCAGGGCCAGCAGAGCGUCCUGCAGAGCCCGGCCGUGCUCCAGGCAGCAGAGGUGGCUAAAACACCAGAAGCCCCUGGCAAAGACCACACAAGACCCGAGGGAAUGGAGAAGGCCAAAGCAAUGCCAGAGGUCACCAACACACCUCCCAUGCCGAGGAACCGACCGCCUCCAGCUCCUCCUCUGGGCUCUCGCUUUGUCCCGUUUGUUGCCCACACCGGGGGCCGUCCCCUCGGCUCCUUCGACUUCGUCUUCUACCGCCCAGAGUGCUCCAACUCCCUGGCCCCCUUCUGCACCAUGCAGAAGCCCUUCUGCAGGGCCCGCUUCCAGGAGGGCACCGACCACUGCCGGAGGAAGAUCGACGUGGAGAACGCCAACAUCAUGAAGUGGAGAUCCAUGCACGGCAGAAAACCAUAG